UUCAAUCUUCUCUGAUUGGAAGUGCGAAGAAGUCGCUAAAAUGGCUGCUCUAAAGAAGUUGAAGUUAACACUAAAAUUUGCAGCUAUCUUGCUGGUCUUAGCACAACAAACUGGUGUUGCACRCUCCAUUGAGUGCUACAUGGAUACACGUCUUGUAUCGCCGUUCUAUCAACAGCUUAAGAACGAAGUAGACACUGAUUGUUCUGACAAGAACGCUGUCUGCGCGUACUUCUACAUCAACGCUACUACCAACCUGACCAGGGAUACUCCAACCGUACCGGAAGGAUUGCCGUUAACGUAUAUUUUCCAAGGGUGUAAGAUGAAGGAYUACUGUGAAUCUUUUUGCAGCGGGAAUGUUAAUCCUUUUCCAAACAAAACUGUUGGCUGCUUUAGAAUAUGCUGCAAUGAUACUAACUAUUGCAACACUGGUGAAACUUUUUCAGCGUGUUCUGCGGAAAACCCCUGUUUGAAUUACGGUGAAUGCAAGCGUGUCCAAAACUCGACCUACUGUCAGUGUCGUCCGCCAUUUUACGGGGCUCGAUGUGAAAAAAAAACAACAAAACAAGCCGUUUGUGGUGAUCAACAUAAAACUGAGCAAUUUUUUAACGGUACCUGGUCGAAAAUCGAGAAAUCCCUUUCGAUAAAGUUGUGUGGAAACGAACAGAAGUGUGCUGAUGGAUCGUACUCGUAUGAAGCACUUUAUAAUAUAUCCGGAUAUAUUUUCUACACUAACGUUUCAGUACAGUCGGGGAAAGGCUGUUUAAAUACAUCAUGGUGUUCUGACCCAUGUGCGUCACUGAAAAGACAACUUUCAUCAAGCUCACAACUACGUAUGAAAACGUGCAAUAUCACUUGUUGUGAUGGAGACUACUGUAACAUCAAAAACGCAUCUGGGAUCAACAUGUGUGCUACCAAUCCAUGUUUCAACAGAGGAACAUGCUCUCCUCAGGUGAAUGGCUACUCGUGUACAUGUGUACCAGGAUACACCGGAAAGAGAUGUGAAAGCAAGGUACCUGGUUACACUGUGUGUGGUUCCUCUCACCAAGCAAAGGCUAGUAGUGGUCAAAUCGUGCAGGAUGACAAACUUACCAUUCAAGCUUGCCCUAACUCCCAGAAAUGUUAUAACGCCACAUACAGAGURGAGAAAGCCUUUGAAGGGGGUAUGAAGAUAUUUGUUGAUGGAUCUAUCAGAGGCUGUCUUAAUGCUAUGAACUGUUCUGAUCUGUAUGCCUAUGGAAAAAGCCUUCUUGAGACAGACAACACAGUUAAAAUGAUUGCCGGUCAUGGUGUUUGUUGUGAUGGGGAUUUUUGUAACUUUGCCAGUGUUUCUCCCCCAGAAAUCAACGAAUGCGCGAGUAAUCCAUGUCUUCAAGGUGGUACUUGCAUGGAACGGGCUGGUGGCUACGCGUGUCAAUGCGUUUCAGGAUACAAUGGAAGAAGAUGUGAAAACAAUAUUAACGAAUGUUUAAGUAACCCCUGUCGUAAUGGUGGAAUAUGUAGCGAUCGUGUGAACGGCUACUCGUGCGCAUGCACAGCAGGAUUCACCGGAAAUGACUGUGAAAAUGUUGAUUUUUGCUUCUUCGAGCCGUGUCGAAAUAACGGCACAUGUAUGCUAGAUCCAAAGGACGCGUCCGGUUAUACCUGUAAUUGUAAAACCGGUUAUAAAGGAGACAGAUGCGAACAAGCUCCUUGUUUUUGGAGAAACAUGUAUCCAUACGGACCCAAGCAAGAUGACAGAAAGGUGCCGGAAGAUGGCAGAUAUGCAUGGAAGUGUUUGGAGGUUAAAAAYGUUCCAGCUCAGGGGAUUGAAUUCUAUGGCAGGAGACACAAGAGUUUAGAAAUUUGUAGAAAUGGCAUUAUUCAGUUUGGUAAUCCAUACUCUCGUUGGUAUCCGUACAAGUUCGGCCGACGUUACUUUUUAAAUGAUGCGUCAAUACUUGCACCCUACUGGUCCAUGAUCGAUAAUUAUUGGUCGUUCUAUUCAAGGGAUUAUUAUUUUGGAAGAUAUAUCUAUGACAAACGAAGACGUCGAUACAUAUACAGGAGAUWUACAAUCCCUUUCGAUCCUAAGAGACAAUCGAAAGUUUACUACCAAACGUACAGCAGAUGGAAUAUGACUAGUGCCACUAGGGCCAUGCUCAACAGGUCCUCAGAGGAUGUCAGGAGGUACGCUGGCAAAACGUUUGAGGAUUUCAAGGCCACCUUUGYUAUCGUGGUAACAUGGGUUAACCUGUAUCCAAGGUUGUACCAGUAUGUUUGGAGAUAUUUCCCGCUGUCUAAUACAUUCCAAGCUGUGAUCAUCACGAAUGGCCUAAAUACAUUCACCAUGUUCAACUAUCCGUGUGGUGGAAUGCAGUGGGCUGCACCAGUAGAGAGAUACUCGUCAUCRUGGUAUACCAGCCAAGGUUUACCCGUAGCGGGCUGGAAUUCUGGUAGUGGUCUUCGCAACAAGUUCUAUAACAUCAGAGGGUCAGGUACACUAGAAAUUGAACGCCUAAGUCAAGUGAAGGGCAAUACACAAGAGAUUGGUCGAUGGUUAUGGCGUCUUGGAAAUGCCACAAACGUCCAGGAAGCAGAGAGGAAGUGCUACAACUGGUAUCAACAACAACUUGAUUUCAAUCUCCAAAGAUCGCUGUGGCCAUGUCCAUGCUCGCUCUUCCAAGCAAGGCGCGAUGGUAACUUUCGAUACGACUGGAGGAACCAUUACUUUUAUCCAUCGUCGUAUCGUCAGUGUCGCUUGCUACAUUUUUUCCUCAGACCAAAGUUUUAUUUUACUGCKUUCAACACGGAAACUAAUGAAUACAUGAGAGCUUACGUGAUUUUGUCGCAGCGUUGUUGUUACAGCACAAACCCUGAAGAUUACGGCUCAUUAAUAGAAGGGCCAAGAGACGGUGGUCAUGCGAGAAUGCAGGUGUACAAUCGCUAYUACCGGCAAAUUCCUGGUUUAUUGGACGAUGACAAAGCUCAUUGGGCUUGUUGUAGAGCAUCCAAUCUGUGUCACCUGUUCUACAAAAAACGGCCUUCUGAUACAUGUCAAAGAUACCGCCCACCAAGAAGACGAUGGUUCUGGGGUGAUCCUCACAUUGUCACAAUGGACAACAAGAACUACACUUUCAACGGUCUCGGCGAAUACAUCAUGGCUGAUGUUCAGAACGGUUUCUUCCAGCUUCAAGCCAGAACUGCAAAAGCAUUAGGAGACGUAGCAACGGUCUUUUCUGCAGCCGUUGCUAAGGAGCAGAGUACAAGCAGUUUUGAAGCAAGGCUGAAAAAUUCAGGUGGCCUAGAAGUUCUUGUUGAUGGCUCAGCCUUCGAUUACAGCAGCAUUACGAAUGGCUCCCAAGAUAUCGKGAAUAUGUCCAUCUCUCGCGACGAGAACGAUGGAGUAUCAGCCACCUUCCCAUCAGGCAUCUCUGUCUCGUUCAGCCAAGUAAAAGGGAUGAUGGCAAUCGUAUUCUCGGCACCUGAAGCGUUCAAGAACAAGACGAGAGGACUUCUUGGGAUCUGGAAUGAUGAUUCUAGUGAUGACUUUACUCUUCCUAAUGGCACGAUUAUCCCUGAGUCCUCUAGCGACAGAGACAUCCAUUAUAAGUUUGGUCUUAAAUGGCAAAUCACAGCGGCUCAAACKUUAUUUUCCUACAAGGCUGGUCAAGGUGUAGACACGUUCAAGAACACCUCAUACAUGCCCCUGUUUGCUGAUGAGCUUAAAUUCAAUGACUCGGCACUUGAAGCCAGAGCAAGAGAAAUAUGUGGUUCUAACCUGGCUUGYCUGUUUGAUAUUGCUGCUACGAAAAAUGUCUCUCUUGGAGAAGCCACCUUGAAGACAUCCCAGAAGCUUGUUAAUGAGUCAAAUCAACUUGAAAACUUUCCUCCGGAGCUGGUAAAUGCAAGUUCAGUUAUCAAACUUAACUUGAAUGAAAUGUUCAUCUUUACCUUGACGGCGAGGGAUAAGAAUGGAGAUGCCAUAUCUUUUACUUUACCUUCCCUUCCURGACUGCAAGUUACGAAGUCCAACAACACGAGAAUCUUCAAGUUGACUCUUUCUACAACUGAUAAGGCCAAUUUCACCGCCGUCGUAACAGAUUCUAAAGGAGCAUCAGCGAUCUGGAGCCCUACUAUUAUGUUGUGCGCAUGUCAAAAUGGCGGAACCUGUUCACAGCCAGACAAUCUAAGUGGUGAUAGAUUCCAAGUGAUGUCGUGUACAUGUAAUAGUGGUUAUACUGGCAAGUUAUGUGAAAGUGACAUCGAUGCCUGUGAUGUCAAUGGRCCRCCAUGUUUYCCUGGGGUCAACUGUACCGAUCUUCCUCCUCCUCGCGGGAUAGAUGGRUAUAUCUGUGGGCCUUGUCCCGCGGGUUAUGCCGGAAAUGGUUCAAGUUGCACAGACAUCGACGAGUGUCAAAACGAUACAAGGUGCUCACAGCUGUGCAUMAAUACCCCGGGCUCAUUCCAGUGCCAGUGUAACCCUGGUUACAGGCUCAAUGACAAUGGUGCAACCUGUGAUGAUAUCAAUGAAUGCCAGACGCCUGGCACUUGUAUGCAUAUUUGUACCAACACCGAGGGYAGUUACAAGUGCACAUGUAAUGAAGCCUUCAAGGUUGAUCCAACUGACUCCAGCAAAUGUGUUCCGGCUGCUGGAUGUGACGGUAAUGSCUGUGAUCAUGUUUGCUAUAUGCAAAACAACGAGAAGAAAUGCUCAUGUAAACAGGGUUACGAGCUAUACGACCAAAAGAAAUGCAGAGAUAUCAAUGAGUGCAAURAUGCACCCUGCAGUAGCGGUGAGUGUACGAAUUUUGAUGGCGGUUACAGAUGUGAAUGCUCAAAGGGAUUCAGACUUGCAUCUGACAAAAUCACUUGUGAAGAUAUGAACGAGUGUGUAGAGGGAUACAACUGCAGUGAUCCGUACCAUCAGUGCGUCAACACCAAAGGGUCGUAUGAAUGUAGAUGCGAAGAAGGACUUUACUGGAUUAAUGGCUCCUGCACAGAUCCUGGCAAGGGUCCUGUACCAACGGUUUAUCCUGAACCUCCAAGAAAACCAAGCGAGGAAGAAAAGUUACAAGCUGUUAUUAUGCGCAUCCUAAAGAUGCUGCUUAAGGAGUGGGACGCAGCUACCGAUAAGAGAUUCAAGAAAGCCAUUGCUUCGUUGGUGUCAUCAUUYUGUAAGACAAACCGAACACGAUGUGGACUUCCAGAAGAACGAAGAUCAAGACGAGCAGCCGGGGAUCCAUUGUACACCGAGURUCAAGUUCACCUCUUACCUUCUUAUCCCCGACAAAAUGGUUCGGAUCUGUUAGUAGCAUUCUACAUCCAAAAACCACCAGGAAUCUUCGCAAAUUUCUCAGCCGUACCAGCUCUUGUGUUGGAAGAGUUAGUCAAGGCUGGACUUGCACAGAUACAAGUGGCAUUGAAUGGUAGGACUGCCACAGGGAUAAGCAGUCUCUACCAAUCUACACCUGACCCACCAACAACUACUCCACCACCACCUGCUCCAAAGGAGGACAAGACGUGGAUGUACAUUGUUAUUGGUGCUUGUUGUGGUUUUGUCGUUCUGUUAAUAAUCAUCAUCGUUAUUGUUGUCUAUUGCAAAAAGAAGAACCCAAGGAAGGUAUCUACCCCGCAAUACGUGUCACCUGAUGAUGAUGAACUUGGAGCUAGAAACAGAGGAUACAACAAAUCUUCUGAAGCUCUAGAAAUGGAAAAAGUAAAGGCCUGAGUAUAACCUUUGAGCCACUGCUUCAAAACACUAGACGCACCUUUUAGUGUAUUUAAAUAAUGUAUUGGAAUAUAUUCAGCAAAGUGCAUGCGUGCAGUCGUAUUCCAUAAUUAAUAUCGAUCACUUUUGAAUGAUCACCAAUAUAUCAAGAAACAAAGUCUAAACGAACAUUAGAGAAUAAUUGCACUCACUCGAUCAAUCCGUGCCCAGUAAAUCGGUGCUCUAUAUCCCAUAUAGUAACCAAGGCGUCAGGUGGUGGGGGCCUUGCAGUAYAGCCAAUACGGGGUUAUUCAUUAGUAUUCUCUAAUUAAGUCAUUAAUAUUCUCUAUAUAGAGAAUACUAAUAAGGCUUUUGUUUUCUUUUGUUCGUAUGUUAUAUCGUAUGUUAAAAAGGGAAAACAAAGUGUUGUAAAUGGGGGUUCCGGACCCUCUGAACCCGCCCUUGCUUCGCCCUCGUGGCUUUCUAUCUAAUGCUCGGGACUCUACAUCUCAUAGAACACUCGCGUUUAUAYACCCUACUUAAAGAAUGUUUUAGUGAGGCUUAUUAUCAAGGCAAGCUUUUGAAUAGCCUUUAAAAAUGCACUCAUAGUAGUAAGGAAUAUAAUUUGCGGGACGGUCAGGCUCCUUAAAGGACCUUAAAGAUUCGCAGGAUGCAUGGAUCAAGAAAGGAUGCGUGGUGUCCUCUUGCAUGAUGCAUAUAUAUCAUUUAUAUUAGAUAUAAUUGUAAUCAGUUCAAAGAACACCUGUGAAAGUAACAAAUAUAUAGAAUUAAAAGGCACUGAAGAAUUG